CAAUGGUACUAAGUCUAAGGUAAAUUCAAAUUCCCACCAUAAAAGUAGAUUUCUUCUAAAAGUGGUGAGAAUUCGAGCCUAGUUCCAAUGACGCCCACUAGAACAUCUCGGUCGAAAACAUCUGUGAUCUGUAGAAGUAUUGAUUUUGUAAAUAAACAAACCCCUUUUCUGUGUUUGAGGCUUGAGGAAAUUGUAAGUUGGGCUUGUCCCGAGCCCAAGUCUUGUUCUAUGUCCCGAGCGCCGGUCAGCAGCAUGGACAGCGACAGUAAAGCCACGACCUCCGAAACCAUUGAAUCCCUUCAAAAGGAGGCCGAGGUGCUGAAACGGCGCCUGGAAGAGGAGCGCCAGAAGCUGAACGAUGUUUCGCUGCAUCAGGUGGCUCAGCGGCUCGACUGCAUCAACUGGAACCACCAAAUCAAACCCCGACGCACCUUGAAGGGGCACCAGGCCAAGGUGUUGUGCUCAGACUGGUCCCCCGACAAGAAGCAUAUCGUGUCCUCAUCGCAGGAUGGCAAAAUGAUCAUUUGGGACGCAUUCACCACUAAUAAGGAACACGCCGUCACCAUGCCCACCACUUGGGUGAUGGCCUGCGCCUAUGCUCCAUCUGGAAAUUUUGUUGCUUGCGGCGGUCUGGACAACAAGGUCACCGUCUACCCGCUCAUUCUGGAUGAGGACGUUUCGUUGCGCAAAAAAACUGUCGGUACUCACACCAGCUACAUGAGCUGCUGCCUGUUCCCCAACUCGGAUCAGCAGAUCCUAACGGGGAGCGGUGAUUCCACCUGCGCCCUUUGGGACGUGGAAUCGGGCCAGCUAUUGCAGAGUUUUCACGGACAUUCAGCAGAUGUGAUGUCCAUUGACUUGGCCCCUUCUGAGACCGGCAACACUUUCGUCUCAGGGAGCGUGGACAAAACGGCACUAAUCUGGGACAUGCGGACCGGCCAAUGCGUGCAGUCGUUCGAAGGCAAUGAGUCCGAUGUGAACAGUGUUAAGUUCCACCCAAGCGGUGACGCAGUCGCCACUGGCGGGGACGAUGCCACAUGCAGACUGUUCGACUUGAGGGCGGACAAAGAGAUUGGGGUCUACAGCAGGGCCAGCAUCAUUUUCAGUGCCAAUUCUGUGGACUUUUCGCAUUCGGGGCGAAUGCUGUUUGCUGGUUACAACGACUACACGAUUAACGUAUGGGACACAUUGAAGUGCGUAAGGGUGUGGGUGCUUUGCGGCCAUGAAAACCGCGUUAGCUGCCUGCAAGUUUCUCCGGAUGGCACUGCAUUUUCCACCGGCUCUUGGGACUGCACCUUACGGGUUUGGGCUUAAACUGGGCGCACGGUUUGUUAUUUGGGAUUCUUGCAAUUCCCGCAUCAUUGGGGCAUUUGAUAAUUAAGCCCUAGAAAAAUUGCAACCAUACCCAAAAGCUAGACACAUCCGGGCUGUAAUUAGCGGGCGAUGUUUACCAAAUAUUUAUUACGUUAUGUUCCUGUUUAGAUUGCCGAUAGUUCAGGCAGAUCUUUGUUUAGAUAGGCAAUGAAUGUUGAUCAAUAUAGGUGUUGAAAGCAA